AUGGUUGGUACACAGUGUUUGGUUGCAUUUAAAAAUUCCAGUGGCCAAAUUCAAGCUUACACUGCUCCUAUUGCUGAUUAUCUUGCUCAGUUUAGACAAGGUUCUUUGAGUUUUAAUGUGCCAAGAAUUGAAGCAGAGUUUUUAAAUAAUGAAUACAUUAUUUUUGCAACUUUGGAACUUCCUAGUGGAAGGACUAGUUUUAAUCAGGUUUGGCAAAAUGGCCAAGUUUCUGGUCAGGCUUUGCAAGCUCAUAGCCAGUCUGGUGAUAAUAUGAGGUCUUUUGGAAGUGUUGAUUUUGCAACUGGCCAGUUAGGGAAUGAUGGUGGUAGCAGGGGCGGCUCAAGAAAAUUGGGGCCUAAAGCCGAAGUUUAG